CGUCCGUCCGACCGUCCGUCGCUCACCUCCACGCGCACUGGAGCAAAUCACGCCCGGAGCUAAUCACGCGCUGGAAAGAUCAGGUCGCAGUUCCUCCUUCCUCCCCCGAUUCCUCUUCCUCCCCAUGGUCCUGGUGCCCCUCCCUCCCCGCGCGACACCCCCCUCCCCAUCUUCCUCCUCCCCUCCUCCCCCCCUGACGCAGGUGCCCUUCCCCGCCCGGAUCCCGCCGCGGCCUCCUCCCCCCUCCCCGCGCCGCCGCGCUGCGGCCUCGGUCUCCUCAUCGCGGCCAUGGCGCCGCCGCGCUCCUCCCGGCCGGAUCCGGCGGUCGCCGUCCUCCUCCCUCCCCCAACGCGCCGCCGUGCUCCUCCUCGUGCGCGCCACCCGGUCCUCGCCGCCUUCUAGCCUCCUCCUCGCGCGGCCCGCCGCACCGCCGCCCGGGCCUCGCCGGCGCCCGAGCUUCCCCGCGAGCCGCCAUGGCCCUCGCCGCCGUAGGCUCACCUCGCACCGCCGACCGCGCCGCCGGAAAAAAGGCCACCGCCCGGGUAAGUUUUUUUUUUCAAAUUAAAAUUAAAAGCCAAAAAUAAAACAAUAAAAAUAAAAAGCUCGACAAUGUUUACGGCGAUGGCAUCUACGGCUGCGACGGGCGGCUGAGGCUGUGCCCGGCCCUACAAACACAAGGUUUCAAAGCCACAAUUUAUUGGCAAUAGUCAGUCAGCUAUCCUAGGCUUGAACGGCCAUCCCUGUUUGUAUAUAUGCGUUCUUAAGGUCACCAAUGACCGAGAACGGUAAAGUCGAGUUGCUGAUUUAAGGGAUUAAAAGUUAUUGUCUUCAAUGCAUAAUAAGUGUCUCAAAUUUUUAGUACAAAAUUUGUACAAAGUACCAAUUUUGAGACACUUAUUGUGCAUAAUAAGUGUCUCAAAUUUUUAGUACAAAAGGUUGACAUGAAUUAUGUUAGGAGGGAAUCAAGAAUAGAGGAAACUAGAACCAAUCUCCGACCAUUAGAGAGUAGGGAUGCUUUAAAUCCAGCUAGGAAUUUGUCGCAUUUUGAAAUUAAAGAUUGGAAGGAGGAUUUGGCAAUUCGUAAGGAGACACGUGAGUCCAAGCUAGGUAAGUACGGCAAACGUAUGGAUCGCCGAUUUACUUGGACUUAUCGUAAUUGGUAAGCUUUGUUAGUGAGUGCCUAUUUAUCAAUGGCCUAAGAAAUAAUUAAUUAUUUCUCGAUCGACAAUCGUAACCAUAUUAAUCUUACACCCUCAUAAAAAAACAUUAAUCUUACACGAAUCUCAAUGAUUUGAAUCAAAAGAUUGUUAUCAUUGACAAAAAAAUAGUUAUGUCCCGGUUGUCUAAUAAGAAAUAGCAAACCCGAAUAUAAAUUAUUGUAAUCACGAGGGUAAUGUCUGGGCCGGCCGGUGGUCGUCGUUUAUGAGCGCGAGUGUAAUGCGAGCACUCCAUCGAUCUGUAACGGAAACGGAUCGUAAGCUUGGUUACACAUGUAUAUCAUGGCGAAUCCGAGUGAAUCUCGAUCGUGCUGCACGGAAACGGAUACGUACGUACUUAUCUUGCCGGUAUAUACAGUAUAUAUGUACUGUGUGUGUGCUGCCGGUCUAAACAAAAGGAAUCGAAUCGAGCAUCUUAUCUACUUCCAAAGAUGUCGUCGUCUUCGUCCCUGGGAAGCGUGGUGUUGGUGGGAGCAUCAGCCGUGGCCACCGCCGCUUUGACCUGGUCCGUGUGGACGCUCCUGGAGGACUACCUCCACGAACGCCGCGCCUCCUCCAAGAAGCCCUUGCCGGGCAGCAUCCUCAGGGCCUUGGACGCCGGCGCCCUGGACCCGGUCAUCGGCCGCGACGCCGAGAUCGACCGCGUCGUCUGCAUCCUCUGCCGCCGGACCAAGAACUGCGCCGCGCUCGUGGGCGCCGCCGGGGUCGGCAAGACGGCCAUCGUCGAGGGCCUCGCGCAGCGCAUCGCGGCCGGGAACGUCCCCGGCGCGCUCGCCGGGGCGCGCAUCAUGCAGCUCGACGUGGGAGCCAUGGUCGCCGGGACACGCCUGCGCGGCAUGUUCGAGCAGCGGUUCAAGGAAGCCAUUAGGACGGCAGAGGAGUCGGACGGCAAGAUCAUCCUGUUCGUCGACGAGAUGCACGUGCUGGUCGGCGCCGGGGACACCCGGGACGGCACCGGCGAUGCGGCCAACAUGCUCAAGCCGGCAUUGGCCCGUGGCCGCAUCCGUUGCGUCGGCGCUACCACGACCGGAGAGUACCGCAGGUACAUCGAGCCGGAUGCCGCGCUCGAGCGCCGGUUCCAGAAGGUCGCCGUCGAGCAGCCGAGCGUCGACGCCACCAUUGCCAUCCUGCAAGGGCUCAAGCAGCGGUACCAGGAUCACCAUGGGCUCAGGAUCCAGGACGACGCGCUUGUCGCUGCCGCACAGCUCGCUGGCCGCUAUAUUUUCGGUCGCCAGUUUCCUGAUAAGGCAAUUGAUCUUAUUGACGAGGCAUGCGCUACCACAAAGAUGCAAGCCGACAGACAAAAACAAGUAAAAAAUGGCCAAUGCAGCCCUAUGAUCACUGCACCAAAGGAGCUAACUGUCGGCCGGAGCCAUGUCGCACAGGUCGUGAGCCGAUGGACUAGAAUCCCUCUCACUACAAUUGAUCAAGAGGACAAGGAGAAGCUGACCCACCUAGCGAAAACAUUGCACGACCGGGUUGUUGGCCAAGAUGAGACGGGUCGUUAAACCCUAGCAGCAGCGUCGGCGGCGGCUACACUGUGUCGUUCAUAUUAAGAAUUUGUGUUAUGCAUGAGUUGCUUAAAUAUGUGUCGUUCAUAUUUUUAAAACUUUCUGAUAAAUAAAAAUUAUGUCAAAAUAUUAUUUAAGAAAAAUACAAUUAUCUUGAAAGUCAUGAAAACCAAUCAAGCAUUUGUUAAGA